GACACGUCGUCUCCCGCUCCACGCGUCCACGUCCACCCGUCCUCCUCCGCCCACCGCCUAUAUACGCCCCCGCGCCGCGCGCCUUCCUCUCCUUCUGUCUCUCUGUCUCUGUCCUCUCCGCGAACGCUAAUAAGCGACUCAUCAUCUGGUAGGCCGUGGCCAUGGCCGUCUGAGCCCGCCGGGCCGGCUGGCCGUGUCCCGCGCAAGCGCGCGCGGGCGCCAUUGAUGAGAGCAGCGCCCUUCCCGGCGGCCGGACGUCCCGAUGUCCGUUGUGGCUGCGGCGGCCGUGGGCCCCCCCGCCCCGGUGGUGGCCCCGGCCCCCGCGGUGGCGCCCUUCGGUCUGUACGGCGGCGGCGGCGGGGGAGGGGCGAGGAAGAGGAAGGACGUUGUUCGGCCGGAGGAAACGGCUGAGGACGGCGGCGGCGGCGUGCAUGGGCUGUUCGUGCUGGAGACGGUGGUCGAGGAGGAGGCGGAGGCGGAAGGAGAGCGGUCGUCCAUUGGCGCCGUGUCGGACGACGAGGCGGUGGAGGACGGGGAUGAGGCGGAGAGCUCGCCGGGGCAGAGGAAGAAGAAGGCUGGGCUCGCGUGCUUGGACGCCCUCGACGACGCCCUCCCCAUCAAGAGAGGGCUGUCGAGCUUCUUCUCGGGCAAGUCGCGGUCGUUCGCCAACCUGCAGGACGUGGUGGCCGUGGCCGGCGAGACGGGCGGCGCCAACGUGCUCGCCAAGCCGGAGAACCCCUUCAACAAGCGCCGGCGCGUCCUCCGCUGCUCCUCCAUGCGCCGGGUCUCCUCCACCUCGCUCACCGCGCUGCCGCCCUUCCUGCCGCCCGGGCCCAGACCCUCCAGCUUCAACAUCGGCAACGACGACAGCGCCACCAAUGGCGGCGGCGGCGGCAGUGGCUGAUCGAUCAGAAACAGACAGAUGAAGGAGAUCGAGGGAGGCAGUUACAGUCAGUCUGGGGGUCGUCUCAUCUGGUCAUCUCAAAUGCAUCCAUCACCAAUCGCCGUAUACAUAGAGCUUUAGGUUUCUUGAUUUGUUCUUUUGUUUUAGAUGUUAGCAGCAGCUUGCAUUGUGACAUGCAAGAGGGGAGGGAGGAAGAGCGAGUGUGAUUACCAAACAUACACAAGGUUAUGGUGCAUGUGUCAUCCUAGCUGUGCUGGCCUGUGAUCCAAUAGAAGAAGGCUAGAUUAACCUUUUUCAAGACUCAAGAGUGUAUUGUAUAUCACAAGGAAUGCAGACAAAGUCACCUUGAUUAAGCUAGUUCCCGGCCAUUUGAUCAUAAUAUUAUAUGAUGAGAAUAUCUA